AUGCAUCAUAAAAUUCAACCCUUUAGAAAAAGCUCAGAAAAAGACAAUCUAAUCAAAAAUUUGGGGUCUUUGUUCCAUCACGCCACAUCCAAAGUCAUAAUACAGCAGCAUAACCACACAUAUCCAACAUCAAUACUGGCAUUCAUCUUGGUCCUCAGCAUUAUCAUUAGCAUCCUCACUGGCAUUCGUCUUGGUCCUCAGCAUUAUCAUCAGCAUCCUCACUGGCAUUCAUCUUGGUACUCAGCAUUAUCAUCAGCAUCAUCACUGGCAUUCAUCUUGGUCCUCAGCAUUAUCAUCAGCAUCCUCACUGGCAUUCAUCUUGGUCCUCAGCAUUAUCAUCAGCAUCCUCACUGGCAUUCAUCUUGGUCCUCAGCAUUAUCAUUAGCAUCCUCACUGGCAUUCAUCUUGGUACUCAGCGUUAUCAUCAGAAUCCUCACUGGCAUUCAUCUUGGUACUCAGCAUUAUCAUCAGCAUCCUCACUGGCAUUCAUCUUGGUCCUCAGUAUUAUCAUCAGCAUCCUCACCGGCAUUCAUCUUGCAUCCUCACUGGCAUUCAUCUUGGUACUCAGCAUUAUUAUUAGCAUCCUCACUGGCAUUCAUCUUGGUCCUCAGCGUUAUCAUUAGCAUCCUCACUGGCAUUCAUCUUGGUCCUCAGCAUUAUCAUCAGCAUAAUCACUGGCAUUCAUCUUGCAUCCUCACUGGCAUUCGUCUUGGUCCUCAGCAUUAUCAUCAGCAUCCUCACUGGCAUUCAUCUUGGUCCUCAGCAUUAUCAUCAGCAUCCUCACUGGCAUUUAUCUUAGUCCUCAGCAUUAUCAUUAGCAUCCUCACUGGCAUUCGUCUUGGUCCUCAGCAUUAUCAUCAGCAUCCUCACUGGCAUUCAUCUUGGUCCUCAGCAUUUUCAUCAGCAUCCUCACUGGCAUUCAUCUUGGUACUCAGCAUUAUCAUCAGCAUCCUCACUGGCAUUCGUCUUGGUCCUCAGCAUUAUCAUCAGCAGCAUCCAUCAGCAGCAUUCAUCUUGGUCCUCAUCAGCAUCCAUCUUACCGGCAUUCAUCUUGGUCCUCAUCAUCAGCAUCCUCAUCAGCAUUCAUCUUGGUCCUCAGCAUUAUCAUCAUCAUCAUGA